UCCUUGAAAGAUUUGGAGAAAGCGACCAAUAAUUUUGAUGACACUCGAAUCGUCGGUCGUGGAGGACACGGAAUGGUUUACAAGGGAAUUUUAUCCGAUCAAAGGGUAGCCGCCAUCAAAAAAUCAAAAAUCGUGAAGAAGAAAGAGAUCGAUCAGUUCAUAAACGAAGUUGCUCUUCUUUCUCAAAUCAACCAUAGACAUGUGGUUAAGCUUUUCGGAUGUUGUUUGGAGACUGAAGUCCCCCUGUUGGUUUACGAAUUUAUCUCGAACGGGACGCUUUCUGAUCAUCUGCAUAUGCCAAAUGGUAAUUCAUCACUAUCUUGGGAAGAUCGUCUGAGAAUUGCCACAGAAACUGCAGGAACUCUUGCUUAUUUACACUCAGCCGCUAGCAUCUCUAUUUUCCAUCGAGACGUCAAGUCAUCCAAUAUACUCUUAGACGAUCAUCUUACUGCAAAAGUGUCAGAUUUCGGAGCUUCAAGAUUCAUUCCUCUCGAUCAAACUCAUAUAUCUACCGGCGUGCAAGGUACAUUUGGAUAUUUGGAUCCUGAAUACUACCAAACCGGUCAACUAACAGAGAAGAGUGACGUUUAUAGCUCUGGAGUCAUCCUCGUUGAGCUUUUAACAGGCAAGAGAUCAAUUUUCCACGCCGAGGAUGGAGAAAACAUGAAUUUGUCCAUGCAUUUUCUCCAAGCAGUAAGAGACGAUCGCCUCAUAGAAUUUCUUGAAGCUCGUGUUGUGAAAGGAGGGAUGGAAGAAGGGCUUCACGAAGUGAUCCAACUUGCACAGAUGUGUCUCCAACUAAAAGGAAAUGACAGGCCCACGAUGAAAGAAGUAGAGUUUAGGUUGCAGAGCUUGAGAAGGAUGAAGAAGCAGAGCAGGAAUAAUUGGACUGAUAAAGGUCAUGCAGACUCCGAAUGCCUAAAUGCAGUUUCUACUUUUCUAGGAAAGAAUAUUUACAGUAAUUCGGAUAAUAGGGCAAUUCAAGAAGCGUCUAGAAAUUAUAGCUGGGAGAAAGAGAUGAUGUCGUCACUAAAUGACGCACGGUAAGCAUAUUAAUGUUCUUGAUAAGUAGAUGCUUUGCUCGAUUCCUGUGGCACCCUUAUGAACACUUGGUUUGU